UAUUACAUAUUAUAUCAAAUAGCAAAAUAAUUUAAAAAGUUGUUUUAUAUUAUUUCCUCCUAUGUUAUUUACUUUAUUUUUGAAUAGGUUUAUAAUGUCACUUUGAACAUUAUUACGUGUUAAUCAUAUGUAUAAUUGAUCCGUGUCAAAAUGAAUAGAAAAGAGGAAAUAUUGUCCAGAAAUAUGUUGACGGCAGAGCAACUUAUUCAAAAUAAAGGUAUUAAAUAUCAAACUUGGAAAGAAUGGGAAGAAUCCAAAAAAGUAUUACCCAAAUUUGGACAAAAACAAUUUGAACCUAAUAACUCUUGGUUAGAAAAUAUUCAAAUUGAGAAGGGUAUUAAGAAUUGUAGAGAUUUGUUGAAUAUCGAAAGGGUAGAACGUAUUUCUCAAUUAGCAGUUGCAGAAUGGUUACCUGAUAGAAGAAAGGCACAAGUUAUUAAAAAAUCUGGUCAGGAUUGGGGUAAUUUUGGUAUUGAAAUAAAUAAAACAUUACUUUUGUUUCCUGAGGAGGCAUUACUUCUUCUAGAAAUGAACUGUUUGGAACUUAUAUGGAAUGGUGUAGCAUUAUCUAUUCAGCAAGCGUACGAAAUUUUAAUAGACGAUACGGAAUGUACUUUAGAAGAGUACAGAGUUUAUAGUCAAUUAACUCGCUAUGGUUAUCACAUACAACGUUUUUAUUACGAGGAUUCAAUAAAAGAUGUAAUAUCUGAUGAAUCCGUUUCUUUAAAAAAAAAAGCUAUUAUGAAACCUAAGAGAGGUUUGCGUAUUGAAGGCUCCGAGCAAAGAGUGGAUUAUGAUACAAGCAAUCAACUUAAAGUAUUUGAUAAUGCCAAAGGAGAAUUAAAUAUGCUAAAAAUUAAUAGUGACGUACAGAUUGAUGAAUCUACAAAGAUUUUAAGUAAUACGUUCGAAGAAGAUAUACAAAACAUUCUCGAAAACAUUAUAAGUACAAUAGAAUGUACAAAUAAUUCUAUUUCCCUUAUUCCCGAAUAUUAUAAUGCAAAAUACAAAAAUAAUACUACAAUUUCUUAUUCUGCAAAUUUAAGAGAUAAUCAAUCGAAAUUAGAUUCAACGCACAAAGAAACAAUAAACAAAGAUGGUAAUAGCAAAAACGAUUGCAAUUCAAACAUUGAGAUUAUUUUUGAGGAGACCUUAUCUAACAAAAUCAAAGAACCAACUACUUGCUCAACAAAGAAUAGUACUACUGUACCAAAAUGGCUAGAUUCACGUAUACAGCGUAAUGUAAAAUUACUCCCAAAGAGAAGUGAAAUAUCGUUGGCAAUUAAUAAUAAAUCUGAAUGUGCAAAUGUUGAUAAAAAUAAUUCUCUUAAGAGGAAAGAACUACUCUCUUGUAAAAAUGAUUUAGAAAAUAAGAAAUCGAAAUUAGAGGUAGUUGAACUUUCUGAUGAUGAAAUUCAGAUAGUUGUCCCUACUCUGACAAGAAUAGAGAUGCUUGAGUUACUACCAAAUAUUGCUUCUGAAUCAGUUAUUACACAACAGAUUUCACGUAACUAUAUACCUCAUACAAUAAAGCUUCAUAAAGAUAUUUAUCAAUAUGAAACAAAAAGAUUAAGAAGUUUAUCAGAAAUUGACAAUAAAAUGCGCUCGAAAUAUUCUAAACAAAAUUUACAAGAAAAACCACAUAGCUCUAGUACCAGUUUACAGGCUAGUAAUAAAAUUAUACAAAGGAACUCUUUUAUUCCUCUACAUAAUUAAAGCAUGCAUAUAAACAUCUACGAUGUUGUUUUACGUGCAUUUUUGUACUUAAACAAUUAACACGAUAUUCAAGAUUUAAAUUUUUCCAGUUACCCAAUAAUAGAAUUCCAUUUUACCAUCAAGUAUACUGGCAUAAUAGAGGUCCGAUUAUUCAAGAGAGCCUACAUCACAAUAAUUCUCA